AAAAAAAUGCUGAAAGAAGUACGGAGGGAAAAAAAGUGUUGAAAACUAAACUUGGGACUUUUUAGACGUAAUUUUUAUGAAAAUUUCUUCAAAUUUUCUUGCUGAAGUAAUUUUGAGACCUUUGCAUUCACACCUGACCCAAUGCUGUAGUCCGUUUUAAAGAUCCACUCUUGUUAGCUGCCAGAAAGAUGGACAUUGCAGACAACUAUUUAGGACAGAUCACACACGUGAUUGAUCCUGAUAAUUUCAGCAUGCAGAUCGGUACAGAUGAGUGUCUGGCAGAAUUUAUACAGUUUGAGAUGAGAUUAGAAGACUUUGGUCAGACGUGUGACCGGGUGAGUGACCUUUCUGCACUGGAGAUAGGACAUAUUGUUCUCGUGGAGUGUGUGGAAACUAAGGAGGGAUGGAGAAGGGGACAAGUGGCCAACGUUAACAGUGAGGAAUCCGGUGUGGAUGUUGUUUACAUUGACUACGGACACUCGGAGCACGUGGACAAGUCGAGGCUGUGUACGGAUUUCCCUGAAGAGUUCGCUCAAUAUCCGGUGAUGGCUCUCAAAUGUCAACUGGCAGGAAUCAAACCAAUUGCCAGAACAUGGACAACAAAAGCUGUCAAGAUGUUCACUGAGAUUACACAGGGCCAAGUCUUCAUUACUUUCUUCCUGCCCUCUACUCACAUGUUUAAAUCCAUGGUGGCGCUCUACUUUCAACAAGGGGGAGACAACCCAGACUGGGCAGGGCGUUCCCUGUCUCAUGUUCUUAUGGACCAAGAACUUGGCAUUGUAUCAGAAAACGAAGUGACAGAAUAUUUGGAGAAUGCUGCAGAUUUUUGUAAAGAAAAAUUACAGCUAGCCGCUGCAUUUCCAGAAUCCAUUGAAUCAAAUGAGAAUGGAGAAGUGUCUGCUUCAGAUUUUAUCUCAAGAAUGGGCAAUGAAGAUGAGAGUGAGGAGCGUGAGGAUUUCCUGCCAGAGUCUGAGGAAUCCCCUGAUAACGAUCCCUCAGGAGAAAAUACCCAGGAAUCUCCACAGGAAACUAAUGAACCCUCCACUGAUGAGGGUACCUCAGAAUACAGCUCCUCACCGGAGGGACCUUUGGAUCAUUCACCUCACAUAGGGACACGAAAUGGGCAGAAUAAAAUCAUCAUCUCAGACUUCGAUUUUGAUCGAAUACACCACACGAAAGAUAUCUGCACGAACCGUUUAGAAGAGAGGACAGCCCAACAAAUGCGUCAGGUGCUAGAGGAAGAGAAUGAGAAGAUACUGGAGGAUGUGAAGGAAUGUAAAAGUCUGGCUGUGGAGGCGGGGUAUGGUGUAGCAGAACAGUUUGAAGAUAGUUUGCCCCCAAGGUUUUCUCAAACAGCAGGGGGCCCUGCAGUACCCUUGAUCCCCCUUGGAGUUGGCACCUCAGGACUGGAAAGACCUUCCAAUCAGAAUGUCAUUGAUGACCGCAUACCUAGUAAGCGUUACUCACGGACACGCAGAGAGGCCAGGCCAGGGGUAGAAGAGAGGUUGGACUUGGGGCCCAUGAGGGGUAGAGGAAGAGCUAGAGCAGCUCCACAACCAUCAAGUAGCAGUCCUGCGAUUGGUUCAAGUAGCAGCCCUGUGAUUGGUUCACGUAGCAGUCCUGUAAUUGGUUCACAUAGCAGCCCUGUGAUUGGUUCACGAAGCAGUCCUCUGAUUGGUUCAUGUGACAGCCCUGUGACUGGUUUAAGUAGUAGCUCUGUGAUUGGUUCACGUAGCAGUCCUCUGGUUGGUUCAUGUGACAGCCCUGUGACUGGUUUAAGUAGCAGAUCUGUGAUUGGUUCACGAAGCAGUCCUGUAGUUGAUUUUGGGGGUUAUAACCCAGCAACACCUCCAAGUAACAAUAGACUAGACUUGUUAUACAAAGCUUCCCCUGAGAAAAGAGAGGAACUAGUACAAACACUGAAAAAGAUCUUUGCAGAAGCAGAGAGAGACACAGAAGAGGAAACAAGGGCAAGAUUACAGAGUCUUUUCUUCACAGAUCUUUUUAUGUACCUGGACAAGGAACAGCUACAGGAAGUGAUCUAUGUUCUGUUAAAUCGAGCGGUUCGAUACUAUGGAGAUAUUCAUGACGUGCUGCUGGACAUCAUACAGAUACUUAGUGUGACAGAAGAUUUUCCCGACUGUCUUUACCAGUCCUGUAAGAAAAUAGAAGAAAACUACAUCAAGAUCCAGAUGAAGGGGAGUCCAUUUCAUAUCCAGGCCAGUAAGGUGUUAGCUCAUAUCUUCACAAUGAGCCUUCAUUGGUCCGGCAGCAACCAAAUUCAAGAGAUGAUGUUAUCAGCUUUGGAGAAGUGGAUAAUAUUCAACAAAACAGCUCAACAGCUGGGACAGGACAGAUUACAGGAGCUUUACAUUGAAUGUUUUGAUAUUGUGUGGUGCAUUGUGGGAUCUCAUAUCUGCCGUCUCUAUCCUGAGCACAAGGCUCGACUGCAGAGAGAGUGUAGAAAUAAGAUUCUCAAUGACGAUGUUUUCAGAUUGGUGCGGUCAAAGUUGUUGGACCUGUACAUAGAGAAGUUUGUGGUAUCACCUACUUCAAAGAAAGAGGAAAUUCACUCAUGUACUCAGACCAGGGCUCUGACAAUGGUGGACAAGGGGGUACAGACAGACAUGAUUAAAAUCACAGAAAGACGAUUACAGGCAGAAUCUCCUUCACCUGUUGCACCAGCAUCUGAACCAUGGAAAAAAUCCAAAACAAAGACAGCGCCAAAUAACACAAAAGCCACCACAGUAGAAUCCAAGAAAGACAUUGAGUGGCCAAAAUUGUCAGGUCCAAAAGUGCCCGAUUGGACAAAUCGGUUGCUGGACAGUCCGAAACUUCCAGACUGGAGCAGCCCAGAGGGAAGUAGCAGUAGUGUCCGAAAGACUCCAGAGUCGCUGACAAGUGGAUUGUAUUUUUCUGCAGAGGAUAAAUCAUUUCCGAGUUCACCGGACAUCAGACAAUCUUCAUUUCUUAAUUCUCCAGACAAUCUCAGAAAGCGAAAUUUGAAUCAGUUGAGGAGCCCUAAAGAAACCCCGGUAGUGUCAGAACCAGUGCAGAACUUUACAAACUGGUCCGACAAUAUGGUGUUUGGAUCUAAAUCAAACUUUCUGUCCAGUGAUCACACUAUAAAGAAAUCGGAAGAUGAAAGAAAAAGCCAACUGUUGAAGAACAAACUUUGUGCUUUGGCAGAGCCUAAAUCAAAUCCCACAGGACUGAAAGCUCAGAGUUCCACAUUCCAGCAAAAUAAUGGCUCCAAAAUGGAAAAUCAACAGAUUAGGCAGUCGGGAGGAAAGGAAGUGUCUUACUCUAGCAAUAGGAAAACGAAGGAUCUGAAAGAGGAGCAGAAAUCUAGAGACCCAGAACCAGUCUCUUGGUGGGAUUCAACAGGCAGCUUAUCAAGAGCACAUUUAAAGUCUCCUUCUUUUGGUUCAGAAGAGGACUCAAGUGGCAGCGAAAAAAGAUCUUUGGGCAGAGGGAGGGGAAGGCGUGUCAAAAAAGGGCUACCUGCACCCUCGAGUUCAUCUUCUCUUGUGCAAAAAUCAGACAUUAGAGAUGAGAAAUCUGAAAAUCCUGUCAGCUCUCAGAAAAGAGUCAAUCCUCUGCGAGCCACGAGAGAUGAAAAUCCAUUGCGCUUCCAAAAUCAGAAUGCUAAUUGCAAUAAAGGUAGUGGUGCUAGUGGUGGGAAAUCCCCACAAAAAGUGAUGGACUGGUUUUCUAUGGAGGAGAUAGAAACUGGUGAUCAGCCCUCAGAAACAGGCAGCAGGAAUGAGGAUGACGUUCCAGACGACUGGUUUCUGGCAAGCGAGGACGAAAAAAGUGCCAAAUAUUCCCAAAACAGUGAUAUGCAAGCUUUACAGAGUCAAGCAAGUGACAUUUCAACAAAUCAAAAGAGUGCUAGCAAAGGCCAGGUGUCUCAAAAUGGAGACUCACCAUCGCAGACAGAGACUGACACGGGGGGACUGGACAGUAAAUUUGACGGUGAGGACGGUAGUGGUGACUGCCCCACCCGAUCCUCCCAUUUUUCCGACGAGGAGGGUGAGGAUGAUGGAUUAUGGGAAACAGACCAGAGCUCCGAUGAUGAAAUGUAUAUGAGGCCUGCAACUGCCAACACUUCUGACCAGGGAUUUACAGAAAGUUCUAGUGUUUCUAAGUGGGUUCCUGGGCAAAGAAAGUGUACACUGUGUGGUGCCACUGAUCAUGUUAUAUACAAGUGCCACAGGAAAAAAGACAACAGCUUUUUUCUGUGAAAAAUGUGCCAUUUUAUUAACUUGUUCUUGUAUUGAAGGGCAAGUUUUAUCCCCCUUAUUCACAUGAUCUGAGGCCUACAUUAUCUUUAUUGGUCAAAGUUUGUGUGUGUAUUUGAAUGUAUUUCUGUACCCUUCAGUGAAAGGAUCAGUUUUCAUAUGUUUUAGAUGUUUCUUGAUUCACGUAAACUUAUGAAAUAUUGUCUGAUGAUUAACUUUCUCCUGCAUAAAUGCCUCAGGUAGUGAUAUACGGAUUAUAAUUUGCUAAGGUCAACAUUAAAAAAAGAACUUAUUUUGUCAAGGCCAAUAAACAUGAUAAAUGUCCCAAAAUAAAACUUCAGGAAAAUAAGAAUUCUUUUACUAUUAAUUAAAAAAAGAAUGGUCUCCAGAUUAUAAUUUUUUCUUUGCGUUUAUUCAAUAAAGUUUUUACUCCCAGUGAAUAAAUUUUUCUCUUAAUUUUACAAAAUUUGUCUGAAAUUCAUUUAUUGCUGGCAUAGGUUUCGGAUGACAAUUCUCUGUAAGAUUUUGCAUUAGCACUUGAGCAGAUAAGGAAAUACGCACACUAACUCUCGAUUCCCACCUACAUUUUGGAACCCAUUAUUCAAUAUAAAUAGCAAUUUGGCCAUAAAAUCUUUGUUGAAUACAAAGAACAGUUCAAGGGUAAUUGAUAAGUUGUCUUAAUACCAGCACUAAGAUAGUAAAUUAUCAAUAAUUCCAGGUCUUGAAAAAAAAGAGGGGGGGUGGGGGGGUGGGGGGUCAGAUGAUAUUUUUCAUUGAAAUCGGUGUUUCAAGCAUCACCAUAUUAUGAAAUAGUCUUGGAUUUGAUUAAAUGUUCCUUAUAUCCUUUCUUUGAAAUUGGUGGAAAAUAAGUAUUUUUGUCGUUUUUUUGUCAAUAAACAUAUGUACCUCCAUCCCUGAUACACAAAAAUCUUUGGUAUGAAUUUGUGAAAUAACAAUACCUGUAAAAAGGAUUUUUUGUGUCACGGUGGGGGAGGGGAUGUUUUUAGAAUAUUUUCCAUUUAUUUCUAUAGUGAAAAACAGGACUUUUAAUAAAAUUUUAAAGUUGUUUCUCUGUUUUCCAAUUAAUUAAUGUUUUAUAAAAAUCCAUAUAAUUAUCAAUAAAUUCAUUGGAUAAAUUAACUAUUAAAAAUUGACUUGGAGGUAGGUGGGCGAACAAUACUAUUGUUUGCAGUUCUUUCCUGAUCUUAAAAGAUCCCUAUUGACUUAAAACUCAAAAGUCAAGGUCAAACUCUUUUCUUUCUUCACCUGUAUUUUUUCAGUUCUUGCAUGCUUUUCUUUUUUCCCUAAGUUGGGGACAUAGAAUCUCUUAAUUAAAUACACCAUUGUUUAUACGAAGUUAAUUAAUAAUGAAUUGUUUAUGUAAAGUUGCAAAUCUUUGAUGUAUAUUACACUGUAUCUUGAAGUAAAAUACGAGGGUUGUUCAAAAAGUUCGUGGACAACUGUCAUAUCUUUUUUAUUUGACGUCAUAUGUUAUCCUAAUUUGGUAGAAAUAUUUUAACAAUAAAUCCAAAUGAUUUGUAUUAAUUUUUUUUUAAAUAUUACGAUUAAUUUAAAAUUUAUCCAGAUUUGAAAAAUGAAAAAAUCAGGUCGCGGAGCAGGUCAAAAUUUAGUAAGUUUACAGACAAUAAACUAAAUAAUGUCUGUAGUCAUAUUCUUUGUAAAAUGAAGCAAAAACCAAAAAACACCUAGAAAUUCAAAUUAAGAAUUGUUACAUCGAUUCGUAUACCAAAUUAUGGCUUUAUAUUUUGCUUUGUUAAAAAGAAAUCAACUUGAGAUGAUAGGUAGUACUAAUUGAAAACGACAAAAACGAUGACGUUUUGGAACGUCACAGAGCAGCAGAUAAGGAUGCAAUUUUGUGUUUUUCUCAGGAAAAAUCCAGAAUAAACUCUAAAAAUGUUGGAGGAAUCAAGAAAAUAUGUCACAAGCGAGUUGUGUUGUGUGUACAAAUAGUACAGGCAGUAUCUGAGUGACAGUGACUCUGUAUCGGAUGAGAACAAUCUGUGAAGAAACGGUUUAACUGUAAAAAUCUUACCAAAAAUUCUAAAAAGUUGGAACGUCAAAGAAAGACAUAGGCGCUUCAGAGUUGCUUAUCCUGUGAAAGCAGAGUUAAGUAAUAAAAGAAAUUAAAACCUUAACAAAGUAAAUUAUCCAACGAGAGCAAUUCUUAAAAAAUAAAUGUAAAGUAUUAGAAAAAGGAUUUAAUGAGUGGGCAUUGGAUUAUACUGUGUAAAUUGUAAAGGGAUAGUAUUUUUUGGAAAUUCUUGACGCUAUGUUUUGACGCUACUUUGCCGUUACGUGUGCUCCGCGGGUACAAAACGUUGAUUUUAAAAUGAAGUAAAUUGAUUUUUGUUAAAUGGAAUGGAAUGAAACUUCACACAUCAACAAAACAAAUGUUUUUGCAUAUUAUAUUGUGCUGAUUUAAGAUUUCUUGUGAGUAAUAUAACGAAGAAUGACAUCGUCCACGAACUUUUCGAACAACCCUCGUAUGCAUUUAAAUUCUAUGCAUUUAUUUCACACCUGUUAUUUUAACAAAUAAGAGUUUUCCGAGGAAAAAAAUAUCAGCAGCUUUAAGUUUUUGAAAUGUUAUGUUUAUUUUGUGUCCUUGUGUGCCAAAUUUUCAGUGACAGUUAUAAUCAAAUAUUUAAUUUUGGAACAGCCUGUUUAUUCUUAUUAAUUAAAUGAAGGUUCAGUUUUGGGUUUUUGUGACCUUAAAUGAUUCCUAAUCUCCAACUAGAGAAACCAGGGCAGAAUACAAGUUUUCUUGUUUGUGUGUCUGUCACUGUCUUUCAGUUCCAUUUGGGUUUUUGCACUAUUUUCCAAAUGCUUAAGCUACUGAACUGAGUUUUGAUAUAUGUGUUGUAACUUAAAAUACAGAUCAAGUUAGAGUUUUACUCCGCAUCUCUAAUUUUUUAUGGUUAACAGUCCUUUUUAGGCUUUUAGUUUUUAUGAGAAACUAGCUUAUUAAUUUUAUUUAAAGCAUAGCAAAAGAAAGUACAGUCAUUAUGUUCCAUAGCUAUAGGACAUUUCUCACGGAUUUAACCUCUUGUGUCUAAACUAGUAAUUAAAGUGGACAAAAAAGAAUUUUCACUCUCUGAAUCUCUCCCACUCAUUUAAAUUUGUGUGCUUUUCAUUUUGGUUUUAUUUAUGUGCAUGGACUUUAUGAUAAACUUAAAACAUCUUAACCAAAUGUCAGAUUCCCCAAAGGUGCACAAUCAUGCUUGUGACUUGUGAUAUAGCAUUGUAUAUAAUUUCAGCAUUUGCAGGAGGGGCCAAAUUUAAAGUUUUUGCCAUUGUUUUUAUGUUAAAUUACUGUGUUUUUUUUAAUUAAAUAUGGUAAAGUCCAUUUUCAUUGUUAAAGGCCUUUUUUGCCUUUCAAAUUGUUAAAAUAUCAAGAAAUAGGACAUUUUCAUGUACUUGCUGUCUUUUGAAUGCUAGUUAAAUAAUAUAUAGAACCUUAAAAAUGCCAGUUUUGCAUUUCAAAGUUUUCCCAUGCAAAAAUAUUAACUUUAUGAAAAGAUGAUCAAUAUUCCAGCAUAAUUGGUCAUUCUAGGUGAUUUGAACCAUUUGAAAUAUUUUCCACUAAGUGUGCUGUAACUCUGAAUUUUAUGGAUGAAGAAAAAAUGUAGAAAUCUUGUCUUGGAGUUUUAAACUUGUAAGAUUAGAAACAAAAGCUCAAAAUGUUGGGUACAAUACUAUAUGUAUAUAAAAGUCAGAUAGGUCUUCAAGAUGAACAAGAUUUGAGAGAAGCAGCUCUGAGUUUUAUUUAAGCAAUAUGAGCUGCAGUUUUUGAGAAUUUAAUUUUCCUGUCAAAAUAUUCUAGUACUAUUAUGAUAAAUCGGUAUGUAAUUUAACCCUUUAUGAUCCAAUACAUGUAGACCAUAAUAAAUUAAUUUUGCUUCAAUCAAAGCUUAAAAAUAUUUCAUCCAUCUCAAAUAUGAACUACAGAACUUUGAAAAUGUACUUUUUCCUGUCAUUGAAAUAGUUAUAAUUACUAUAUUACAACAAAAGUUUCUGACUUCAAAGUUGCAGCUCAUAUUGCUCUAAGCUAAGACAUCCAAGUGCCUACCAUUUUAUUGUAAAGAAGUUAGCUGUUACAGCUGAUAUUAUUAUAUCUGUUCAAAAUUAAUAAAGACUGUUGUCAUUUAGGUAUUAGGUCCAACGAAGAGA